GCACGGUGCAAAUGUUUUGAAUUCGAAAAAUUUCAAACUUAUGAUUUAAUGCGGCGUUUCACACAAAAUGCGUUAUCCUUUUCUGCAUGUUGUGUCAGUCUUAAUAGUUUUUACUGCAUUAUUUAGUUACAAUCCCUCUGAAGCAUUCUUAGAUUGGCUUUGGGGCAAGAUAUCCGAGGAUAGUUUUGAUAACAAGAUCGUGAGAACGACUGGUUUGAAAUUUGAGGUUCAAACCACAGAUGAUAAGUUUCUUCAACUGAAAGAUGUUUUGGAAAAUCUAUCAGAAUUGGAUGCAUGCAAUCAGAUUGUUGUAUAUAAACUGAAGAAACGAUGUGGAGAAUUAACAGAUGAAGAACUUGGCAAGCUUUCUGUACAGCUGUUCAACUGCCAGUCAGCAGUAGAGAAACGUCCAACAUACACUUGCACCGAUGGAAUGUCUCUGGCAGAAUGUACAAAAGGUAUGGAUGGGACAACCUGGAAUGGGUACCAGAUAGUGAAUAACAGAGCGCGAGCCCUAUGUUAUGCCACCCAGCAUCAACAGUUCCGUAAACUGACAGAGGUCACUGUGAACCAGCUGAUGGCACAGGCACAUGGGCAGUUGGAAUAUCUGCAGGAGCUCCAGGAUGGUCAAGAACAGCUUCAUCAGAUGACAACACAUACGGUACGAGAAUUGUACGAGAGCCAGAAGGAUUUGAUUGGGAACCAGCAAACUUUGAAAACAUCACAGGACAGUGUUCUGUCUCAGAUACAUUCUAACAUGGAAGAACUGCGGCACGAAAAAGCCAUGAUUGCUACGGGAAACAAAGAACUGGCUGAUCUAACAGAAAACAUCAGGUCAAAACUAGGUAGGAAAUUUGAUAAAAUCAGAAAUGAGGCCACUGACCAGCUGCAACGACAGGAGGACACACAGAUGAAAAGUCACGAGAAAAUCCUCGAAGAUCUUACCUUUAUACAGAAAAAGUCACAUGAUGCCUUGAAUAAACUGGAUGAAAGUUCAGCACAUUUAGUGAAGAAUCAUGAGGAAAUGUUAAAUAAUUAUGAACGUAUGUAUGAAAACAUGAUGAAAAUCAAUACAACGGUCUCACACCUGCUGUCUACAGUAAACGUAAUGCAGAACCACCUGGAUGAAAGAAUAAACUGGUUCUCAACACUGCUUCAUAUGGCUGAUGACAAACUUUCAAUACUGACAUGCGGAGCGUUACAUUUGGGCUACUUCCUGUUUGCUGCAUUGGCAGCAUCAUUUCUUCAGACGCCGUCUGCUACACGUGUUAUCCUGUUCAUACUGGUGUCAGUCAAUGCUUCCAUGGAAAUACAGUAUGGACAUAGCCUUGACUUUGCUUCGAUAUCAUUGUUCCUGUUCAUAGUCUGCUUAGUCAAUUGGGUGUAUAUUUGGUGGAGCAAACGACACAAGGUCACAGUGACCUCAGAAUCUCCAUUCUUGCCCGGUUCCCUGACUGCUCCUGGUAGAGAGCUUUCAGAUGAUGAAGACGAGAACCAGUUUCCUGAUACCACCACCAAUGCUGGUUCCCCUGCUGAUGCUCCAUUAUCUCCUGUAGAAAUGAGACAGCUGACAACCAAUCUAGGAAGAUUGUAUAAUUCAUUAAAUGAAAGUGGUGUAUCAGGAAAAGGUAACUCUGUACCAGGGGGAGGUAAUUCUGCAGAAAGGGGAAGUAAUUCUGUUCCAAGGACUGCUUUUGCAGAGCCUAGGCCCUCUACCAGUGCCUUCACACCAUACAGAAGACCAGAGCAAGUCAGGGCUGAUUCUUCUACAGCGAAAGAAAACGUUGCCAAAGUGCAAAGAUAUUUGGAGAAUUUGGAUGAGGAAAAUUCUUCACUUGGGGGUGAUUUUGACUCGCCAGAAAAUUCACGUUCCACAACUCGAUUCCGACAUUCUACACCUCAAAGAUCAUCAUCCAGGGGUUCCACAUCAACCAAUCGCUCACUCUGUCAGGGAUUUACUAAAGCCGGCACUCCAUGCAGACUUGGCUGUUCAAGUGGGUCGGAAUUCUGCUAUCGGCACAGAGGUCAAGGGUCAUCGUCAUGACAACAGACUGCUUGGAAAAAUGUUCAUUCCUCCACAGUAUUUUGAAUUAUGAUCAAAUAAUCAGGUGUCUCAAAUUUUCCUUUUUAUUUGAGCCGUGCCAUGAGAAAAUCAACAUAGUGGGUUUGCGACCAGCAUGGAUCCAGACCAGCCUGCGCAUCCGCGCAGUCUGGUCAGGAUCCUUGCUGUUCGCUUAUGGUUUCUCUAAUUGUAGUAAGCUUUAAAAGCGAACAGCAUGGAUCCUGACCAGACUGCGCAGAUGCGCAGGCUGGUCUGGAUCCAUGCUGGUCGCAAACCCACUAUGUUGGUUUUCUCAUGGCACGGCUCAUUUAUUCAUGUUUUGAUGUGGUGUAACAUAUAACAUGAAUCUACCUAAUAUUGUAUAUUUAUCAAUAAUAUUCCUGCAUCAGAUAGCUCAAAGCAUUGAAAAUUAAAAAAUAUAAAUCCAUGAAUGAAUAAGUAAAUUGACAAGUAUAAAUGUAUUUACCCCUAUGGAUGUCGAGGGCAGGUUAUUGUAAAAAUUCCAGGGUUGUCAAUUUAAUCGACCAGUAUUUGCUGGUAUUUACGCGCCGGCAUGGAAAAUAUGGAUAUUUGCGGGCAUUUUGCCAACCCUGUCUUAAACCUAAUCUUUUUUUUUUUUUUCGAAAUUAUCAAGUUACUUGCCAAUCAUGUCUCAGAAAUUACAAUAAUAUUGGUGCUAAUGAUGACAAUGACUAUGUAUUGUUUAACUGUGUGAGUGAAUUGGAUAUUGUGAGUAAAGUGGACUUUGUCUUAAGAUCUGUGCAACAAUUUUAGAGGACAGAAUGAGUAUUGAUUUUUUCACUGAAUACAAGUGACAGAAUAGUAAAUACUUCUACUUUGUUAAUACCAUGUGAUAACCUUCGUCAAAAUGGGACUUUAAAACCUUUAUUUUAUACGUUGGUCCGUCUGCCCCCAUUAGGCUAAGAAAAUUAUGAGAAAUAGCUGAAUAAGGCGUCUGCAUGUGACGUUGAAUGUACAAGAUGGUGUUUGUCUACCGUUCAUGUCAUAGAUGUGAAUUUAGUAUUAGUAUAACUGAGAUGAGUAACGUGUAAUAUUGAAACAGGUAUUUGUGGAAUAUUUCUUGUAUUUUCAUAUUUCUCAGGUUUUGUGUGUUUGCAUUUCACAAGUAUUUUUUUAUUUACUAAAAGUUAAUUAUUGAGAAAUUAUUUUUAGAAGCCGGUAUUUUAUAUUUCUCAUAUAAAUAUUAAAGGCAGCAGCACAGAAAGUAUGAUCUUGUAUAUAUACAUAAUGAAGAAAGCUUCCAAAUAAAUUGAAUUUUGUUACAUUGACUACUGUUAACUUUGAUAUUUGUACAUCUUUUUUUGAAUUGGUAUUGUUUAUUUUGAAUUGUUUGUUAUUGUCCUGGUUAAAGAUUGAUGUGAAAGUCUUGUAAUUUUAAAUUAUUAUAUGUUAAAGUGGUUCAUUCACACAUUUAAGCUGAUUUUUUUUUUUUUAAAAAUGAAAAAAAUCUGGUGUUGUGGAAAAGAUCAUUGGUAAAAACUUAUUAACAUGAAAUUUUGCAAGGUAUCAUUAUAAAUUAACAAAAAUAUUGUGCAAAAGUGAGCAAACCAUCGUAGCUUUUUAAAACCUGUCUUAAGCAGCCAGCCAAGGGAGUGGGAAAAUGUGGCUGCUUAAUGCAGGUAAUUUAUAGCAUGAAUGACCAUUUUGGAAGAUGAGACACUGGUUGCUUAAGACAGGUUUGGCUGCUUAAUAGUGGUGACCGCUAAAGCGGGUUUUACUAUAAUGAGAAAAUCCACUUUUUUCUUGCUGUUUUUACAGAUACCUAAUCCUUAUUUACACUCACCUUAUCAUUUUUCAGUGUCAUGAUAUAUAUUAUGCCCAACUACAGAAAUUAAUGUGUUAAAAAAUAUAUCCCAACUGUGGGUGAGUAGCUUUAAAAGGUACUUGUUUAUUAUUAAUUUCAUUAACCCUUACCAUGCUUGACACGAUUGGUUUUGCCUUUGCGACCAGUGUAGAUCUUGAUCAGACUGCACAUCCAUGCAGUCUGAUCAUGAUCUGCACUGUUCGCUUUUCAGUCAAUAUCUUUUUGGUAAGCACCCCUUUUAACAGUUAAUGGUACUGUCCAAAUUGGAAGAUGGACAAGGUCAUUAUAGAAGUUUAGCAGGGUAAGGGUUAAAUAAGAUCUGUAAGAACAGACUAUGUGCUUAGAUGGUAAGAUAGUGGAUUUUUGUGAGUUUUUUUCAUCUUCAGAUAUAUAGAUAUAUAUUGUAUUUUUGUUAUAUUAUUAGAUGAGUUUAUGUAAGUUUAAACUACUGUGUUUUAAAUCAGGCUUUAUGAUUGAUAAACUGUUUAAUUUAUGUUGUAUAUUCUUCAGGCCUGAGGGAACUACUAUUUUCUUUCUUCUUAGACCACUGGUUCGGUAUUCUUCAUCAUUACAAAUUUAUACUUUAAGGAUCAUGUUAGUUUUAUUUUACCUCUGUUCUAGAGAAUUUUAUUUUUGAAUUUUAUACCUUUUAAUAAUGAUAGACUAUUGCUAUUCACAUUAUGUUUAAAUUUGAAAAAAAAAAAUGAAACAGAGCAUAUUGUGUUUGGAAAUUUGGAUAGAUAUAUAUACUUUUACUGUUUAAGGGCUAUUUAGGGCACAGCCCUAUCAUAAUCUCUUUGUCUUUACAUUUACUUGUAACACUUUCGUCCAGAGAAUAAUUCCAAAACAAAGGGCUUUUGUUAAACUUUCACAUAAUGACAGGAUAGUAAGAGGAAGUCAAAUGUAUAAGAACCAUAAUUAUCUUGCCAAGUUUUUUAUUUUCUCCCUGAAUUAGAAUUAGGCAUGGUCUGACUCAAAAGUUGUCUAAAUAUGAUUUCUUAUAUAGCCAUAUAUUUACAUCAAGAGGUUAUUAGACAACAGAUGUAUAUUAAACUGUUUUGAGUCAGUGGUGCCCUCAGAGUAUGGAUGUUCUGUUCAUGGAAUGGUUUGCUGUAUAUACUGUGAAGAAAAGUAGUCUUUAUGCAGUAAAAGUUCGGUUAAGGGGAGGUAACACUGUGUAAUACUUAACUCGGAGCAAGGUUUUAAAUAACAUUACAUAAUUUUCAUGUGAGUACUGAAAACUACAGAAUUUUAAUGAGAAUAGAUGUUUUGUAAUGAAUGUUAGUACAGGUUAAGAAUGUGACAUGUUCAAGUCUAUAGUCAGAAUUUUAAACUCGUGAAUGUUGAUGAAUACCAGCCAUUGUCUGAAUAUGUGCUUUAGUGAAUGCUGCUUAAAUAUUCAUUUAUAUUGCAAAUAUCUAAUAACUGCUUACAUAUAUAUAUAUAUAUAUUAACACAGCAUUGUUACAUAGCAUUGUUUCUUUCUAUACUGUUAUUACUGUAAUCUGUAUAAUCUGUCUCUAUGUAAAACAAGACUAAUUAUAUGUAUGAAUUGACCCUCCCCCCUCUUUCUAACCCCUACCCCUUCCUCCCCCUGCUUUUUCUAUAUUUUGCAUAAAAUUAAAUGUUGGAUAUUUGAAGCAACCCAUCUAUAAUGUUUUUUCAUUACGGAUUCUUUUUGUUGUGGGCCUUAUUUGCAAAUGCAUGGUUCUGAGGCUGUAUUUGUAGUGCUCUGUGCUUCCGAGAAAUCUACCUUUACCUAUUAUCUUUUGUACCCCUCAAAAAUCUUGGAUUUACUCUUGUCUGUAUGUCUGUCAGUGGUCCUGAUGUUGUUCUACCCAAAUUUGUGUCAACUGUAUUUAAAAAAGUAUUUGUCCUAGGGUAAUCAAACAUUAUAAGAUUGUUAUUUAUGAUCUGAAAUAAUGCACCUGCAGUUUUGUUUUGGAUUUCUCUCGGACCUUUGACAGUUGAAAAUAUGCAUGAAAGGCCUUAAAGUUUGUGUCAUGUUUAUAAGAAAAAGUAUUUAACCUACAGUCAUUUAAUAUCAUAGGAUUGUUAUUCAUAAUCUGUAGUGGUGCACCUGGAGUUUUGUUUCGGUUUCACGUAGCCAAACCAGAGUUAUAGCUUUGACGUCAUUAAACAUAUAUAUAUAAAGGGCCUAAAAAUUCAGUGGCACAUAUCUCAGAAAGGAUUUGAAGGAUUCUGAAACAUUGUAGGAGUGUUAUUCAGCAUGUGAAGCUGUGCACCUGAGCUUUUGUUUUUGAUUUCACUCUGCCAAAACAGUGUUACAGUCCUUGACUUGUUAAAAAAAUUUGCAUAAAGAGCUGAAAAGAAGUGUCACAUAUAUCUCAGAAAUGUAAGGUAUAAUUGUAUAAUGACAGGAAGUGGGGGCACCAGUGUUCUGUGAACACACAUCUAGUUAAAACAUCGAUUUUUAUUUCACAACAGUAGUGCUAGCUACAGAUUAUUUGAUAAAUGAUUUUGGGUUGUCUGUUCAGAUAUAGUUUACUGUUAAUUGCUUGAGUUAUUUCAGGCAUCGGUUUAAAUUUAACCUUUACCCUGCUAAAUUUCUAAAAUGGAUUGGUCUAUCCUUCAGUCAGAAAUUUUUCAGUGAACACCCCUUCGAAUAAUAAAUGGUACUGCCCAAAUUGAAUGAUAGACCAGUCCAUUUUAGAAAUUUAGCAGGGUUUAUUUAAGUUCAAUCUGCUAAAAAUUAUUCUCUUAUAAAAUUUAUUUUAAAACUUUUAUGACAUUCAACAAACCACUGACAUCCUUAACAUCUUGUUCCCAUAUGAUUCUGGGACAACCUGUGUGUGAAAAGAAUUGGAACUUAUGUCCUACUUUUACAUGACAAGGUCUGAACACUUUUACUGUUACUCUUUGAUUCCAGCAGGUGUAAAAGAAUGCCAUACUGUAUUUUUUUGGGAUGUAAGUGAGAUGUGAAGCAACACUCUUAGUACUGUUUGAUGCCAUAUAACUUGUAAUUUGCUGAUGUGCUGUAAAAGCCUAAUCAACAAAUCCUAAACCUUUUGAGCCACGCCAUGAAAAAACCAACAUAGUGCGACUGCGACCAGCAUGGAUGCAGACCAGCCUGCGCAUAUGCGCAGUCUGGUCAGGGUCCAUGCUGUUCGUUUUCAAAGUCUGUUGCAAUUAGAGAAACCAUUAGCGAACAGCAUGGAUCCUGACCAGACUGCGCGGAUGUGCAGGCUGGUCUGGAUCCAUGCUGGUCGCAAAUGCACUAUCUUGGUUUUCUCGGCGUGGCUCAUUUGUUGCUAAGAAAAAAAUUGUUUUUUGUUUUCUCUUUACUUACAUAUGCAGCUGGGAAUUUUGAUAUGCGUUUUUAUUUAAGCUUUUUUAAACAAUUAACAUUUAGAUUUGGUUGAAUGUUAAGGUAUAAAAAUACCUGUUCAAAUGGCAUGUGUAUGUCUUCUUUUCAUAAAUUUUCAUAUUUAUAAUGUUCUGUUUAUUUUGUUUUCCACAUAGAAGUAUGUGUUGACAAGUUUCUUUUCCAUAUGCAAAUAAAAAGAUUGCUCAAACCACAA